AACUUUCCGUUACCUAUGAUAUAAAAGCCUCAACGAACGUGGUUGGAAUUUUACUUCCGUGCAAAUUUGUGAUCAGAAAACGUGCUCAGUGAUCCCCUCAUUGUCAUCCUUAGUUUGUCUCUUCCGCCUCAUUGCCAUUGCCCACCCAGUGAAAGUGUUGCAUUAAAAACGCCCACAUAGUUGCUCAGGAGAGGAGCAAGAAAAUUUCGGAACGAAUAAAUUUCCACCAAAUAAAAAGGACAAUGAGGCGGCGAAAUUUAUCACUGUUUUGUGCUAUUUUAGCCAUUUUAUCCCUUCAUGGUGCAAAUUCCUUCAAGCUGUCCCGUUCAUCAGCCACCCAAGCGGCGCAGAUGAACAAUAAAACGGCCGGUUUUACACCAGUUCCCAACUUACCUGUGAAAAAGUCUGGGUUGCUUGUGAAAUACGACCCCUGCCCAGACUCCAUAAAAUGUGUGCCGCCAAUUCAGUGUCCAGCCCACGUAAACCUCCCCGAUGCGGAAAAGCCACGUCCGUGCGAGCUGGAUAAGGGUACGGGGCAUGGGUUGUGCUGUACAACGGGGCAAAAUCACACAGCAUCCAAGAAGAAGGAGCAUCAUCAUCUCCAUCAUCACGCAUCGAAGGCUGUGAGUGUUCAGAAAUUAUUCCAAGAGGCAAAGGAUCAACUUGUGGGCAUGCAGCAUCGUGCAUUGCUGUCCAAGGCAAAUAAAAUUGAACCUGGGAAUCCGGAAUUUGCUCAUCAUUCUGUCUUCCUGACAAGUGUUCGGGAUCGCAAUAAAGUCAAUGCAAGGACAGAUCGUGCAAUGCAGGAGGUCAUCGCUAGCAGACUUUUCCGUGAAAGGGAGGAAAUAUCAGUGCGUGACUUUAAUCUGGAAAACUUCGAUGGUGAACUUGUUGGGGCAUCACUGCAGAAUGAUUGCCAGAAUUUGGAUGCACCCUGCCCCAGACGCCCCCGAAAGUAUCGCCUCCCCGAUGGCACAUGCAACAAUCCCGUACCCGGACGUACAGCAUGGGCAUCUGCCGGAACACCUCAUGAACGCCUCCUACCAGCUGCCUAUGUGGAUGGAAUCUGGGAACCACGACUAACAUCGGCCACGGGACAACCACUACCGAGUACACGCGACAUUUCCCGUUUCGUAUUCCCAGAUGUAGAUAGACCCCAUUCCACCUACAACCUCCUCGUGAUGCAAUUUGGGCAAUUCCUCUCGCACGAUGUCACACAGACAGCAUCAAUUACCAAUCGUGAUGGCACCCCAAUUUCCUGCUGCUCAGAGGACGGUACACGUACCCUACCGCCGUCACAGAGCCACUUUGCCUGCAUGCCCAUCCCCAUAUCGGCAGACGAUGAGUUCUACGCGCAAUUCAAUCAGAGAUGCAUGAAUUUCGUCCGAUCAGCCAUUGCACCGAAUUGCCGACUCGGUCCCGCCAGGCAAUUCGACCGCGUGACCCACUAUCUCGAUGGGAGCCCAAUUUAUGGGUCUAAUGAGCAAACAGAGGCCGAUCUGAGGACAUUUGAGGGUGGCAGAUUGCGUAUGUUGAAUGACUUUGGGCGUGAUUUACUUCCCCUCAGUCAAGAUCCACAAUUUUGUGCUCAAAUACAACCAGGCAGCGUGUGCUUUCAGGGCGGCGACACUCGCACAAAUCAGAUUAUCAGCAUAACUGCGGUCCAUAUUCUGUAUGCGCGAGAACAUAACCGUGUGGCUGCGGAGCUUGCCCGGUUGAACCCUCACUGGUCCGAUGAUUUACUCUUUGUCGAGGCAAAACGCAUUGUCGUGGCGGAGCUGCAGUUUGUGGCGUACAGUGAGUUUCUGCCACUAAUUAUUGGCACGGAGACAAUGGCUCGAUUUGGUUUGAAUGUGCGCACGGAUGGCUAUAGCGAUGAUUACAGUACUGAUGUGAAUGCUGCUGUCACAAGUGAAUUCAUAACGGCCGCUUUCCGCUUUGGACACUCCACCGUGGAUGGGGUAUUUCGUACAUUCAGCGAGACGAUUGAUAUACCCGAUGUUAUGUUCAAUCCGGCGCGCCUCCUACAGAGAUCCUUCUACGACGACAUCCUCGUCACGAUGACAUCGCAACCGAUGCAAGAAGUGGAUUCAUCUAUAACAAAUGGGCUGAGUCAGUUUAUGUUCCGUGGAACAAAUCCCUUUGGCCUGGAUUUGGUGGCGAUAAACCUGCAACGUGCUCGAGACCAUGGGCUGAGGACGUACAAUGAGUACUUGGAGUUGACGGGUUCAAGGAGGAUUGGUAGUUUUGGGGAUUUGGGACCUGAGAUUGCGUCUCGCCUACAGCGUGCAUAUGCCUCACCGGAUGAUAUUGAACUCUGGGUGGGUGGAUUACUCGAAGCGGCUGACACUGAUGCCCUGCUGGGACCGACAUUCUCCAAUAUUAUUGCGGAUCAAUUUUCGCGACUUCGCCGUGGGGAUAGGUAUUUCUUUGAGCAUGGGCCACAGGUAAAUCCGGGUGCAUUUACCCCGCGUCAACUUGCGGAAAUUCGCAAAGCAACAAUGGCACGAUUGCUAUGCGACAAUUCCGAUGGGAUUCUCCUGCGGGCACAUCAACCUCGGGCCUUCCUCCUACCAACAGCCGCAGGCAAUGAGCAAGUUGCCUGCAACUCAAAUGCAAUUCCACGAAUGGAUUUAGCGGCAUGGAAGGAAGAGUGAGAGAUUUCCUCUCUGUCCUAAAUCGAUAACCUUUCCCCCCCCCCAACCCCCAUCACCUCAGAUAUAUUACUCUGUGUGUACAAAGUUUCAACCCCCAUUAACCCCUCCAUAUAUGGUGUCAUCCACACAAUCCUUUUCCAUACACACUUUCAGUAGGUAUGUAUUAUAUGUAUGUAUGAGAGAAAACAUUAAAUUGCUGGGCAAUAACUC